CGAACACCAGCAGCAGUCCAGAACACCACGCCGGCAGCGAAGCAGGAAGCCACCACCGCGGCUCGCGCCCCCACCCCCUACCGCACCGCCCCACCAUCCUCCUCUUUGCUUCCCGCGCCGUGUGCCCUCGCUACUCCCGUCGCGGCGUCGAUUCCCGCCCCACGGCACAAAACCCUAGUAGCCACUGGCCGCUCCUCGUCGCUCAUUCGUCUACUUCCUCCGGUGGAGGAGCCCAACUCUCCCGAGCCGCCCCCUCGUCUCUACCGCCGCUCGCCCACGCAUCGCCCGCGGCGGCCCCAUGUCCACCGCACCGGCGGCGUCCGCCGCCGCGAAGGCGACCAUCUCCGUCGAGUACGCCAAGUCCGGUCGGUCCUCCUGCAAAGUAUGCAGCGAGGGCAUCGCCAAGGGCGCGCUCCGCCUGGGCGCCUCCGCCCGCGACCCCCGCGGCUUCGACAGCACCAAGUGGUACCACGUCGCUUGCUUCCCCUCCUCGUCGCACCCGAUUGACCCCGUCGAGAAGGUCAAGGGGUUCGACUCCAUCAAGGAGGAGGAUCGCGAGGAGGUGCGUGAGCUAAACAAGACGUGUAAGAGAGACCAUACUGCAGUAGGGACAACUGAAGAGUCAAGCCCAAAGAAAGUAAAAGCCAGCCCAGGAGUGGCAGAAAAUGUUAGUAUCUCAGUUGAGUAUGCCAAGUCUGGCCGCUCCACCUGCAAGGGUUGCAGUGAGAGUAUUGCGGCAGGUGCCCUCCGUCUUGGCGCCUCUAUUCGUGAUCCCCGUGGUUUUGACAGUACAAAAUGGUACCAUAUUGCCUGCUUCCCUUCAUCAACUUACCCAGCAUUCCCUGUGGAGAACCUUAAGGGGUUUGAUUCUAUCGAGAAUCAAGACCGUGAUAAGUUGCGGGAGUUGGAGAAUUGUAAGAGAGAUGGCAAUGUGACUGAUCAAUUGAAUGAACAGAAUCUGAAGAAGGAAGUGGUUCACAGCAUGGAAGACUCUAAGGGCACUGGAAAUAAUAUCGAAGGUGUUAAGAUGCUGGCAGGGGACAAAAGAGCUGGUCCAGUGAUACCCUUUUCGGUUUCUGAUAUAAAGCAAAAUUAUAAGGAUGCUACCCUUCCAGCGCAUUGGAAGGUUUUCAAUACAGUUAUAUUUCGUGAGCAGGAUGAUGGCCUUCAGUCUUCAGCUAAGAUUGCUGCAUUUGAUUUUGAUGGAUGCCUCGCCAAAACCUCAGUGAGGAUUGUUGGUGCAGACAAGUGGUCUUUACUGUAUGAAUCGAUUCCAGAAAAGCUGCAAAUCCUGUACAAUGAUGGCUAUAAAUUGGUCAUAUUCACCAAUGAGUCGAACAUUGAACGAUGGAACAAAAAGCGGCAGCAAGCUGUUGACUCCAAAAUUGGGCGUCUUGACAAGUUCAUUGAACGUGUAAAAGUCCCUAUUCAGGUUUUCAUAGCAUGUGGUUUAGGGAAAGGAAAAACCUUUCCAGAUGAUCCAUUUCGAAAACCAAACACUGGAAUGUGGUGGUUGAUGAGAGAGCAUUUCAAUUCGGGAGUUACAGUUGACAUGGACAAAUCUUUCUAUGUUGGUGAUGCCGCUGGGAGAGAGAAUGAUCAUAGUGAUGCAGAUAAAGAAUUCGCUAAGGCCAUUGGUCUGAAGUUUCACGUUCCUGAAGAAUACUUUGGCGAAGCUGCAAAUAUCUAGUUUUUUUCUGAAGUGGAAAUGUAGUAGACCAAUACUCUGCGUUUGCCGUUUCCUGCGUUCGCAGAAGGCGCUAGUUUUUGUGCGAUGGGGCAAUCGCUGCAUGACUGAAAUCUAUAAUAGGUAGGAGUACUAUCUUCUUUCAUAACAGUAACAGUACUUAUUAGUGAGAAUCUUUCUAACAGUCAAAAUCUCUUAUAUUUGGGGACACGGUAUGUAAAAAAUUGUUGUGCCUGUGCAAUCAUUUCGAGGCCUUGGUUCUAUUCUCGAGCAGACACGGACACGUGGUGAUCGUUAUGCGACUGAGUUCAUAUCAAACGAUCAUCCCUUCUGUUCUGCGAAAGCAGCUAAUGCUCGGGCAGAAUCAGCAAGUUGGCGGUGUCACGGACUCACGGUCGGGAUUGAAUUAAUGUUUAAUGCCUCGCACGACCACGAGUGUUCUCAAGCUUCUUCCAUGUGAUGCUUGCUUUCGGGAUAUAAAACGUAGUAUUUAAGGUUGCGUUUGUGAGCAGAGUUGGAUUGGUGCAAUGCCAUUCUAAUGAAAUUGCAUUUUUCUUCCAUUUACGAAGUAGAAGUAGAAAAUUUGUUGAUCAAAUGAAGUAGCUAGUAAGGGACCAUGGGUUGAUGGAUACAUGGGGUGUGAGCCGAUCCACUUGCGUCCUUUGAUCAUGGGGCGUGAGCCUGCAGGGACGGCCAAUUUGGCCAUUCUUUUUUUUUUGAACGACUUGAAUGCGAAGUUCUAUUGAUAGAGCAGGAAAAAAUUACAAGAUUACAACCCUGAAGUGUCGUAACCAGAAAAAAGGAAAAAAACCACCACCCACACACCGACAUCGUCAACACAUAAACCCAGGAGAAGGCUAGCACCAGAACGGCUGUCGCUAAGCGUGACCGACCGCCACUAGACCAACAAAGGAACACAGGCGAGAUCGCCCCCCUAGGGGAUGCCAAAACAACGUCUUCAAGAAGAGAAGCGACAAACCGCCGCCGCCGUCCGUCGGAGCUCAAAGAAGCCAAGACUGGGCUUUCGCCCGGCAACCACCCUUGAGGGGUGAGACAGCACGACAACGCCCUCAAGAGGGGGAAUGAACCAUCGUUGUCGGUUCGGCCGAGGCCAGACUAGGUUUUCACCCGCCGCUCACCACAUGCGAAUCCACGGCUGACACACCGAUGCUCCACCACCACACAAGCUCUACCGACAUGUGGAACCCCUGCACCGGCGUCCCCCGUCGGACAGUCUUCGUGCGCCAAAGACCGCGCCACUCCUACCGGCAGCUCCUCCUCACACCUAGGUCGCCUCCUCCACCGCCGGCCGCGCCACUCGCGCCAAACCGA